AUGCCCCAUAUGUCGCUUCUCAGCAACCAAGAGGCUUCUAGGCCCGGGUAUUAUCUUCCUCAUCACGCGGUAAUUAAGGAAGAGAGCCUGACGACAAAAACGCGAGUCCUUUUUGACGGUUCCGCGAAGACAUCGACUGGGGUGUCGCUUAAUGACACGUUCAUGAUCGGUCCGACUAUUCAAGAUGAUUUAUUUUUAAUCGUCACUCGGUUUCGUCCUCAUCCUCUUGUAAUUACAGCGGACAUUCGACAAAUGUACCGACAAAUUCGCGUUACUGACAAUGAUCGGUUCUAUCAAAAGGUCUUAUGGCGAAAAAAUCAGGAUGAACCGAUUAAAACUUAUUCCUUGAAUACUGUUACAUUCGGUACUGCUUGUGCACCUUUUUUAGCGAUUCGUACGUUGCACCAAUUAGCAGACGAUGAAAAAGAUGCCUUUCCAGAGGCCGCGAAAAUUCUCAAACGCGACUUUUACGUUGACGAUCUUCAAACUAGCGCGAAAACAAUCAACGAAGCUCGUCAACUUCGAGAUGAAUUAAUUAAGCUCUUGCAAAAAGGUGGAUUCAGUCUAUGCAAAUGGGCUUCGAAUAAGCCAGAAUUAUCGCAAGACCUUUCAAGUGAAACUUCAAAUAAAUAUAUGUCGCUUGAUCCUUCAGAUAUGAUCAAGGUAUUAGGAAUUCAUUGGGAUCCUAAAUCCGAUUCAAUUUUAUAUUCGGUUAAUUUGUCUGACUCAAAUGAUCGCGCAACCAAGCGGUCUAUUCUCUCGCAGUGUUCGAAACUCUUUGACCCUCUAGGGUUGCUAGGCCCCGUCAUUGUUGUAGGCAAAAUUAUAAUUCAACAGCUGUGGAAACAUCAGUUAGGAUGGGACGAUCAAGUUCCACCUGAUGUUCAUGAAAUGUGGUUAGAGUAUAAGAAGCAAUUGCCUUUACUUAAUUCUGUGAGAUACCAACGAUGUAUAGUUCACAACUCUUCGAUUGACAGCCAAUUGCAUGGUUUUUGCGAAGCGAGCGAGAAGGCGUACGGUGCUUGUUUGUAUCUUCGUUCGACAGAUAAUCGCGGAAAUUACCAUUGUGAGCUCAUAUGCUCUAAAUCACGCGUCGCUCCGCUCAAAACAAUGACCUUGCCAAAACUCGAGUUAUGCACCACCGCGCUACUCGUUCAGUUAUUUAAUUCCACGAUUCGCUCUCUUCGGAUAGACUUUUGGAAGAAGGUUUUUUGGUCAUAUUCAACCAUCGCGUUAAAUUGGAUAAAUUCUCCACCUCACACGCUAUUAACUUUCGUAGCUAAUCGAGUUUCCGAAAUUCAAGCAACGACUAAGCCUACAGACUGGCGACACGUUCCCACUCUCGAUAAUCCCGCGGAUUGUAUAUCGCGUGGUCAAGGUCCUCACGGUUUUUUAAAUAACACUCUUUGGACACACGGUCCGCAGUGUUUGAGUUGUUACGAAAACAAUUGGCCUCAAUUUGAUUUCAAGCUUUCAGAGGUCCCAGAAAAACGUUCACCAUAA